UCCGGCACCGCUUCCUGCUCUCUGGGGGCGCCGGUCUCGCUGAGGGAAGGUCGCAGGACGCAGGGAACGUGCUGUCCCGUCGCUACCAUGCUGGCUACCACUGUCCGCCGCUUCACCACCUCCACCCUCCGCAGAAGCCACUAUGAGGAAGGCCCGGGGAAGAACCUUCCAUUUUCUGUGGACAACAAAUGGCGACUACUUGCAUUAAUGUGUGGAUUCCUUGGAAGUGGAUUUGUUGCCCCUUUUGUUAUUGUCAGGCACCAGCUUCUUAAGAAAUGAACACGACGGACUGUAACUGCAUUAACUGGAGGUGAAGUCUACUACACAGCCUCUUUCAGUGGAAGGACAGCUGCAGUUGCAUACCAUGCUGGAUAUGACUAAAUAAAAUCUUGAAUCGGAA